UGGAGGGAGAAAAAAGGAGUGAAAAGAUUGAUAGCUUUGGUGCAAAACAGAAGCCGCCACUUUGGAAUCUUUAUCUCUGUUCUAUCUUUAUUUUUUGAAUCUCUUUCUGUUUCUCUAAAUCUGAAUUCUCUUCUUCCUUCUCUGAAUCUGUCCUCUUGUAGUUUACAUUUCGUCGAUUUUGUCUUUAAGGCAUGGUGCUGAUGUCCCAGGCUGGUUCAUCACAAUACAUUCAUUACAAAAUAAUACAGUGCAAAGUUCGAUAUAAUGUGGUUCGUAGCAUUGCCAGUAACAUGGCAGAAUCCAAGAAGAAGGAAUUUUUUGGUUCAGGUCGAUCUUCGUGGAAUUCCUUGAAGGUGAUUCGAAAUAUGAAUUUAGAUGGUGUUGUUAUAGGAGGGAGAAGAGGCAAUCAAGUAAUUGUUUUUGCAAGUCCUCCUACGGAAGAUGCCGUCAUUGCUACUGAGCCAUUGACGAAAGAAGAUCUUGUAGGUUACCUAGCGUCUGGUUGCAAGCCCAAGGAAAAAUGGAGGAUAGGGACUGAACAUGAAAAGUUUGGAUUUGAGUUUAGAACAUUACGACCCAUGAAGUAUGAACAAAUAGCUGAGCUUCUUAAUGGUAUCUCUGAGCGAUUUGAUUGGGAUAAAAUAAUGGAAGGUGACAAAAUUAUUGGACUCAAACAGGGAAAGCAAAGCAUAUCACUGGAGCCUGGUGGCCAGUUUGAGCUUAGUGGUGCACCUCUUGAAACUUUGCAUCAAACUUGUGCUGAAGUGAAUUCGCAUCUUUACCAGGUUAAGGCUGUUGCGGAGGAGUUAGGGAUUGGGUUCUUGGGAAUUGGAUUCCAGCCAAAAUGGGCUCUUAAAGAUAUACCUGUGAUGCCAAAGGGAAGAUACGAGAUUAUGAGAAAUUACAUGCCCAAAGUUGGGUCUCUUGGACUUGAUAUGAUGUUCCGAACAUGCACUGUUCAGGUGAAUCUGGAUUUCAGCUCUGAAGUUGAUAUGAUAAAGAAGUUUCGAGCUGGUCUUGCCUUACAGCCUGUAGCCACAGCAUUGUUUGCUAACUCGCCUUUCACUGAAGGGAAACCAAAUGGUUAUCUCAGCAUGAGAAGCCAAAUUUGGACUGAUACUGAUAAUAACCGCUCUGGGAUGCUUCCAUUUGUUUUUGAUGAUUCUUUUGGGUUUGAGCAAUAUGUAGAUUAUGCUCUCGAUGUUCCAAUGUACUUUGCAUAUCGGAAGAAAAAGUAUAUUGAUUGUGCUGGAUUGUCUUUCCGGGAUUUUAUGGCUGGUAAACUUCCGUGUCUUCCUGGUGAAUAUCCAAACCUCAAUGAUUGGGAAAAUCAUCUGACAACAAUAUUUCCAGAGGUCAGGCUUAAAAGAUAUUUGGAGAUGAGAGGUGCUGAUGGAGGACCUUGGAGGAGGCUUUGUGCCCUGCCUGCAUUUUGGGUAGGUCUCUUGUAUGAUGAAAUCUCCUUGCAAAAUGUUGUGGACAUGACAGCUGAUUGGACUCGAGAAGAAAGACAGAUGUUAAGGAAUGCGGUACCAAAGUAUGGUCUGCAGACUCCAUUUCGAGAUGGCCUGCUGAAGCAUGUCACACAAGACGUUGUGAAGUUGGCGAAGGAUGGCUUGGAAAGAAGAGGCUUUAAGGAAACAGGAUUUCUAAAUGAAGUCACUGAGGUGUCUAGAACAGGUGUAACAUCAGCCGAAAAGCUCCUCGAAUUGUACCAUGAGAAGUGGGGGGAAAAUGUGGAUCCUGUUUUUGAAGAGCUGCUUUACUGAGGUGGUUCCAAAACCACGUGCUUCUUUACGACCAACAAUUUUUAUGUUCAUUCCGCUUUUUACUGCUGUUAAUGUCAUUUGAGAACCUUCUGCAUCCUUUAGGAUAGUUAUCGUUCUCAGUUAGAUUUUGAUGAAUCCUUGUUAGAUAAAAGCCACAACAUCAUGAACUGUUGUGUACUAUAAUCGUUUGAAACUUUCUACUGUUAACUUGCAGAAUCAAUGCAAGUAAAAAUGAAACACAAAAGUUUCUGAAAUAGUUGCAAUAUAUUUUUGUGAAAUUCAUUGCUUAGUUUGUUAUCA